GCGACGCUGCAGAGGGUGGCGAUGCAGAGGGCGGCGCUGCGGAGGGCGACGACGACCUGGGCGUCGCAGCGGACCACGACGGCGCUGAGACGUUCGGGGCCUUCGUCGAGAGGUACACUGAGCGGCCCGCCGCCAUGGCCAACAUGUCCCUCUUGCAGGUAGCUCUCACACGCGGCCCGCCCGCCAACCGGCGCGACAACAGGUGGAGCACCAACCGCCGUGAGGCCGUUGUGCGCGUGUUCCCGCGUCCCAAGCUCACGCCCAACGACGAGCAGAACGAGGAGUUCUACCGCGUUGAGGUCCUUCUGCAGGUGCCGUGGCGCACCGAGGAGGAGGCCAAGGGCGGCUUUGCCACCUGGAAGGAGGCGUUCCAGGCCAACAACCUGGCGCCCAGGCGUGAUCGUGACAUCCACGCCCUUGCCGCGGCUGCGGCGGCCGAGUUGAGGGCCGAGGAGGCUGCCGAACGCGCCCAGUUUGAGGACCCUGUCUUUGAGGGUGAGGAGGACGACGGCCUCGAGGAGUGGAUGGUGGCCGCCAGGAUGGGUGCCCACGGCCGGGUCGAGCAAGUUGAACUUGGCCGCCGUGAAGUCGAUUUAAGUUACGACUGGCACGCGUCCUCGGACGCUUACGGCGACAUCGCCAAGCUGCGGACUUUUGUUGCAGACAGCAAGGCUGAACACGUCGAGGCGCCGCGGGAACGUGUGCUGCCCGACAUCGUGUACUCCGCGGAGCAGCAGACCGUGCUGAACCUGCUGCAGUCCCAGAUAGACUCUGUCCUGCACCCUGACCCCAAUGCGCGCCCCGUGCCCAAGCGGGUCAUCAUUCAAGGUAAAGCAGGGUCUGGCAAGAGCACCGUCAUUGACAAAAUGAUGGCGAUGAUUGUCGAGGCCUUCGGGCUGGAGGCAGUCAAGCUCAUGGCCUACACCGGUGUGGCUGCUUUGAACAUUGGCGGGGAGACCAUCAAUUCGUGUCUCAAGAUUCCCGUCCAAGUCGGGGACUACCCCGAGAUGAACGCCGAGGCGUUGCGCAAGUUCCAGGACGCCAUGGCCCCUGUCCGGUUCCUGAUCGUGGACGAGUACUCCAUGGUGGGCAGCAAGUUGCUGGGCUACAUGGAGAGGCGCUGCCGGGACGGCAAGCCUGACUGUGACGACCCGUUUGGCGGCUGUUUUGUCUAUCUUGUAGGUGACAUUCGCCAGCUGCCGCCGGUGGGGGAUCCAGUGCUGUACCCACCACUGCCAGCACCGUGGCACAACCGUGCUGCGCGCCAGCCUGUGUCGCCCGAGGUGACGCGGGGAAGGAUGGCGUUCGCCUCCUUCCAGAAGUCCGUCAUCCUGCCGGUGUCUCAGCGGCAAGCUGACGACACGCUCCGCGAGUUUCUGGACCGCCUCAGUGUUGGGAACACCACGAACGCGGACUUUGCUCGCCUCAGUGAGCGGUUCCUGCUCAACGUGCCUGUGGCCGAGCGGGAGGCCUUCCGUGAUGCUCUGCACAUCUACUGGACGCGCGUCGAGGUGAUGGAGCACAACAUAAAGAGGCUCGUGGACCUGCAGACCCCUGUUGCCCGUAUCCCCGCCAGGCACCACGGCCCGGGCGCCGCCAACGGGACCACGGACGCGGCCGGGGGCCUGGACAGGGUGCUCUACUUGUCCAAGGGCGCGCGCGUCAUGCUGCGCAGCAACCUGUGGCUGAAGGCGGGUCUCGUCAACGGCGCACUGGGCACCGUGGUGGACAUCAUCUACCGCAAGAAGCCGUCCAAGGCUUCGGUCCAAGCAGUGCCACGAUUUGAAGGUGAAUCAAUUCUUCUAUACUUGUAUGUGUCUGAAUGCUUCUUCAUAAGUUGA